AUGGCGCCGCAAUCUACUUCGAAGCCACCAAACUUAACCUUGAGAGCCGUGCCAAACGGUGGUCUAGGAGGGCUGAUUCCCUCUGACAAAGCUGGCAUUACUGGAAGAUCCAUGGCGGCGAAUGCAAGCUUUGUGCAAGCCACCGUGCUGGGCAAAAGGCGACAGAAGCCUCCGCCGAUUCUUACGUCUCGUAGCCUGUCAGACCUGUCGAUUACUUCUGUUAAGGCUUCAGCAGGGUCAGUGUUAGAGUACGUGUGGCCAUGGACUCCGAAGACGCCAAAAGAUUGCACUUGCGCAGAGUCACUUCCUGGAGAAAGCAGGAAAAUACUGCAACUACCGGUAGUGGUGCCGAAGGAUGCUGCCGUAACCAGUGAUUUGUACCAGUCACUUCCAGAGACACCAGUAACUCUGGUGUCUGACUUGACUUCACCGCCGGUAGAACUGCCUGGAUCCCUCCUUCUCCCAAGUCAAGGAUUUCCGCAGACAGAUCCCAUAUCACCACCGCCUUCACUUUAUCGAAGCCGCCGAGACACGCAAGAGUCAAUCAUUAGUCUCGUGCCUACUCAGUCAACCUCAGUCUCGACAGAUGAUCUCGCGAUGGAGACGCUACGCAACCUGACAACAUCGUCGAGAAGGAACGAUCAAAGCGCUAUACCUUCUUAUACCAUUGGAAGUCGUAAUGUUCCAGAAUCUCGCAUCACAAAACCAUUUACUGCUAUGACCGUCGAGGAACUACUGGACUAUCUACCACAAUGCAAGAAUAGCGACACGGUGAAGGAGCUGUGGCUACCGGCACUACGAAUUCACAUGGACAAGAUGGCGGCGCUGAUACUAGAUGCUACGGAGAUCAAGGUUGAUGAAGGCCUUGAUCAGAUCACCUUGAAUCAGGACUUAAACCACUUUGCUCACGAGAUCCGACUUGUGUCAAAUUCUUUUCGAAAGAUCGUCGAUUCUGCGGAGUCGCUUGCCGAACGAGACAGCAGAAUCUCCCAUGAACGCCUCGAAUUACUCGAAGGUCAAAUAGAAGAUUGUUUGAAGACGAUGUACUCCAAACAGAAAGUUGUCGACACACAAAGCAGGACGAUAGAGGAGCUCAAUCACACCAUUCGUGAUAUCGUUCGAAUCUUGGGCACCUUUAUCCAGAAGAAUAUUCCUCACUUGGUCGACUUCGUCGAAGACCCGAGAACGCAAGAAGUCCUUCAAGUAGUCUCCGAUUACGCGCCUCAUGGAGACGACAGACCGGUGCCUUACCUUCGUGUUCCUGAAACCACAAUCUCAAAGUACGCGCAGGCUGCUCGUGAGGCGGACGUAGCCUUGAGCGAGUACCGCAAAAUGCUGCAUGUUCAAAGCGCCACGAUCCGUGAACAGUCACACAAUCUCGAUGCGUAUACGAGCAAGUACGAAGGCGUGGUGCGCCUAGUAAAAGAGCGUGACCAUGAAAUGGGGCUGCUUAUGCAACAAAAGGAGGAUAUCAUGAAGGAUCUGGAGAAGACGAAGAGUGCUCUCAUACAGAGCCAGCUUGCCGAUGUCGAGAAGCAAGAUCUGGCUCAGCGCUACGAAGAGCUGCUCCAUGAGGCGACCAAUUUGAAAAUUGCACACCGAAUGGAACUGGAACAACGCGAGCUGGAAAUCUGCAAGCUCCGACAGAAGCUCGGGAGUGCUCGAGAAGAAGUCAUUGCAAGAAGAGAAGAUGUCAAGAACAUCAUGUCCCAGACUCGCGCCGUGCUUGAAUCUGCACGGCAGCCGGAACCAACAUUGCGAAAUAGCAACGCCUCCAAGGCACUGAGAUUUCUGGGAAUGGAGCGCGAAAAAGAUAAGUCGAAGUCUACCUCGUCUUUGGCUUCGAGUCAGAGCUUGAUGACGUUCGCGCCGGAAACCGCAAACUCUGCCGAUCUGAAAUGCUCAUUCAAAGAGCAAGCUCCCCGACUCAGCAAACCUAUUGCUCAACAUCUAGGUUCUACGGACCAGGGCUUCUCUACUCAAAGCGGUCCGAAGGCCUAUACGGCCAGUCGUCGCAGCCCCGGCGAAUCGGCUCUCACUCUUCCCCGCCCCAGAGCCGGAUCAUUGAGUGCGAUGCAAAACCGUGCAACAUCUCGAUUGCCUAUUGACACUCAAAAACUUCUUCCAGAUCCUCCCGUACGGCCCGAAACACACCGGUUGUCCUCCGCACGGGUUGCAGAGAUCACACAGUGCAUUUCAAGUCCAACAGCCGCACAGAUAGCUAGUGACUAUUUUAAACACAGUGUCCUCGGGCAGACAUCUGCACGUCGCGUGUUGAGCCACAUCCCAGAACUUUCGGUGCAGACGGCACCAGAAGCAAACCUUCCACACAAUGAAGGCCAUCAUGAUGAGCGACGUAAGUCUGACGACAGCGUCGCGAGUGCCGACCGGGAGAUGUAUCGGCAUAGCGUUUGUGCAUUGGACAUGCUUAACUCCAAUACUCUGCCGUACAAUCCGACUGAAGACAAUUUGACCGAGUACUUCGAGCACAGCCAAACUAGGAUAACUCCAGACCCAGAUUACGAUGAGGACAUGGACAAUGGUGAAGAUGCGUGUUUCCAAACUGGGGUAGCCCACCUACACCAUGUGGGCCCAGGCAGCAACAACUUGCGAGCAGCACUUGUCAAUCGGCGCAAGACCCGCGAGGUUGAUGACCAGGCCAGGAAAAGUAUAGUGUCCGAUACUUCUGAGUAUCAGACAUCGGAUUCGGAGCCCAUGACUGUCACUCAACUGUAUCAUGAAGGUGGGCGCCAUAUUCGGAGUUGA